GACAGGAGUAGAGUAUCGGUUUGGCUUUCGACGCGAUUGAAUAAGCGCGACGAGAGGCAUAUAUUCAUAGGCAAAAAAGAAAAAGUAGAAACAAUAACGCAUACAGCUGUCGGUCGUGCAUCGUGUUAUACCGUACAGCCAAAACAGAAAGUUUAAAGAAAGUUCAUUAUAUGCGUCGAUUUUAAUAUUAUAAAUAAAAUAAAUAAAAUACGGUGCGAUACACGUACACACAGUGUGAUUUGACUUCGGUGCUUUCGUCGAGUUUGUUUGGUUCUUUUGUACUUUGGUGCUACUGUAUCUCCAGUAAUUUGACAAAAUGAAGCCACCAGCGGCGGAAGAGCAGCAACAGUUGCAGCAAGUGACCCAGGAGCAAGGCGAGCGCAAUGUCGCCAUGGCCGUCUGCGUCCAAUUGGCCGGCCGAGCCAUCAUCCGGGUCGUCUCGAGAUGCGAGGAGGCCCAGGACAAUUGCAAUCUCGAUUUGUCAGAGUGCCAGUUGAUGCAAGUACCGGACGCCGUCUACCAUCUCAUGAGGAACACCGAGCUCAAGAGUUGCGAUCUGUCCGGCAACGUCAUCACCAAGAUACCGCCCAAGUUCGCCGUCAAGUUUUCCCUCAUUACCGAGCUGAAUCUCAGCAACAACACGAUGAGCAAACUGCCCGAGGAGCUGGCCGAGCUGCAGGAGCUCGAGAAGCUCGACAUAUCGCACAACGCCUUCAUCGCCCUGCCGACGGUCUGCCUGCGAAUACCGCAUCUCAAGCGCCUCGUCGCCACCAACAACGCCAUCGUCGAUCUCGACGUCGAGCAGCUGAGGUACGCGCCCCAGCUCGAGUAUCUCGACCUCAGGUCGAAUCCGCUGCCGGCCAAGCUGCACGAGCAGCUCGCGAGGCUGCAGGAGGAGCUGCCCAAGCUCAGGAUCGAGCUCACGCCGAGGCAGCUCGAGGAAUGGGAGGAUCUCACCAUCUAACCCGAGACAAAAAGACUCUCGUCUCUCCUCUCUCUCUUUGUAUUUUUCGUAAUAAUACACCUAAUGUUCAUUCAACUUUUUGAAUACUCAAGACUUCUCUUACCGCGCGCUAAUCUAUGAUUUUUUUGUUGAUUUUUUUCGUCAUUUACUUUUUAAAUGUACAGAAACGCGUUAUAUUUCUUACCAAAACUAUUAAUUAUUUAUUUUGUAUUUAUUUGUAAUGACUCGCCGACUGCUUCGUCGAUCGAGACACUUUCGACGAUCUUCGGCGUGCGUGUCGAGUCAGGACGAGAUUAUGUUUUAAUUUAUGUAACGUAUAGCUGUGUGCUAAACAUGUUGUACAUAAUUAAUAAUUAUACACGUAGGAAAAGACGAGAGAGAAUAAGCGGCAUUUUAGUUCGUCCUUUAAAAGGACGCGUCACAUUUACAAAUAGGCAGAGAUUCGGAACGCGCGAAGAUGUUAAAAAAAUCUCCAAAGUACUUAAGCGAUAUUUAAGUACCGUACAGUUAAUGCCAAAUUUUCGAAACAAACGAGCAAUAAAAGAGAAACAAUCAAACGCUGUGAUCGUUACGUACCUCCAAAAAAUUAUUUUUGCGGAUAACACUGUUGUUACGACCUAAAUAUAAUUAAUUAAUUGUAAAUAUAUUGUCUAGUGAUCGCGAUGGUGCGUGUGCAUCGUUUCGUGGGAUGGUGGAAUUUUCGUCGAGUGAAAAAUCGUGUACAUCCGGCCGUUGAGAUUAUACAAGAAGUUAUAAUCCAGAUGACAAUAAUUUAAACGUCGUUUAUAUAAUUGUAUACAUAGUUAUGGGUGUGAUUUUAUAAACUAAUAUUUUAAUAAACUUUUUAUCGAAACUGUUGAACGAUACAGUUCAUCGGUUGCAGUAAAUGCUAACUUUGUAUUUAUAAUAACGUUAAUGUUAACUACUAUUGUAUUUAAACAAAAAAAAUGAUAUUGUCUUCAACUCACAUGUACAAUUUUUCAACAGUAAAAUAGAAAAUGAUGAUCGAAUGUUAAUACGACUGAACAUGAAAAAGUUUAAUGGAUUUGACUAAAAUCACGCACACAAACCGUUUUGUAUUCAUAUGAUACUGUAUUUCUCCAUCUAGUCAAGUGUCCAACUGGACCUGCAAUAAAUACUGUGAGAACACAA